AUGUCUAGCAGACUCAUAGUUAAAAAUAUUCCAACUAAUGUUGAUGAAAAAAAGCUGAAAGAAAUAUUUUCUAAAUUUGGAAGCGUUACUGAUGCCAAGGUUUGUUUAAAAGGACAGAAGCAUAGACGUUUUUGCUUUAUCGGAUAUAAAUCUGAAGCAGACGCUACUAAAGCAAAGGAAUAUUUCAAUAAUACCUACAUAUAAAUGAAUAAAAUAUAAGUUGAUUUUGCUAAAACAUCAGAUGACCCUAAUAUUGUAAACUAAAAAAACCUAAAGUUUAAAAAAAGAGAAGGUCAAUAACAGGAUUAAAAACUCUAAAAGAAAGUUAAGAAAAAUGAAGAAUAGCCAAGCGAAGUACCUACUAAUAGCUCAGAGCUAACAGCUGAAUAAAAGUUUGAAGAGUUUAAAAAGUUGAUGAAGGCAGGAUCUAAAGGAACAAUGAGUUGGAAUGAUGUUUUAACAACAAUUAAAUCAAAACCCACAAAGAAAGAACUUAAAAACCAAGCCAAAAAUGAUAAAAAGAAAGGUAACAAUUAAGAUGAUGAUGAAGAAGGAGAAAAUGUAAACUUUGCUCAAACAGCUUUAGAUGAUUUAGAUAAGCAAUUUGAUAAGAUUAAGAGCAAAAAAAGCAAAGGAAAUAACGAAAAUGACAAUACAAAUUAGGAUGAGUAAGAAGAAAAUUAAGAAGUAUCUUAAGAUGCCAAAUAAAAAAAUAGUAGUAGCAAUAAUGACCCUAUGAUUGAUGAUUGCAGACUUUAUGUUUUAAAUUUACCUUAUGACAUCACUGAAGAAGAAGUCAAAGAUGUCUUCCGUAAAUAUGGUAAAUUACUUGAAAUAAAAAUGCCAAAAGGAAAAGGAGGUUAGUUUAGAGGUUUUGCAUACAUCACUUACUCUAUGGCAGGUGAAGCCAUGAGAGCUUUUGCUGAGUUAGAUAAUAAGAUUUAAUUCGGUAGAAUUCUACAUAUUAGACCAGCUUUUAAAGAAAAUAAAUCAGAAGAAUAAAAGAAAAUAGAGGAAGAAAAAGCUCAGAAAGACAUUGAAUUUGAAAAAUCAUCUUUUAAAAAAUAAAAGAAGUCUGAAUUAAAGAAAUCAUUAAAUGAUGACACUAAUUGGAAUACUCUUUUCUUAAAUCCUAACACAAUCUUAGAAACAGUCGCCUCAAGAUACAACAUUAAAAAGAGUGAUAUAUUGUCACCUGAUGCUGAAAAUGCAGCUGUUAGAAUUGCUCAUGCUGAAACUUAAAUUAUAGCUGAAACUAAAGAGUGGAUGCUUAAAUAAGGUCUAAACUUAGAUUUCCUCAAUACAGACAGAAAGAACUGUGAAAGAUCAAACAAUACUAUCCUUGUUAAGAAUAUUUCUUCUAAAGUAGAACAAGAUAGUUUUAAAGAUUUGUUCAGUAGAUAUGGCUACGUUUCUAAAUUCUUGCUUGCACCUAACAAGGCUAUUGGUGUAGUUCAAUUUGAAGAUUAAAGUCAUGCUUUGAAUGCUUUUGAAAAGCUCUCCUAUUUCUCUGUUAAAAAUAAUCCUUUAUAUCUUGAAUGGGCUCCUCUUGGUAUGAUUGACGUUGAAUAGGCAGAAGAAGAAAAAGAAAAAGAAAUUGAAAUAGAAGAUGAGUUAUCUAAGAUUCUUUAUAUUAAGAACUUAAGUUUUAAUACAACUGAAUCUACACUAUAAAGCUUAUUUGAAAAAGCUAAAGUUGGCACAAUUAGAUCAGUCAAAAUAGUAAAAAAUAAAGGCUAAUCUUAAGGUUAUGGCUUUGUUGAAUUCUCUGAUCAUGAAGCUGUUAUUAAAUCUAUUAAAAAACUUUAAAAUUCUCUAUUAGAUGGUCAUUCAAUAUAAUUAAGUGUUUCCAAAAAAGAAAAGAACGAUCCCAAGAAAAAGGAGCGUAAACAAAAAUAAGUUGACAUCCCUAUUUCAACUAAAUUAGUCAUAAGAAAUCUUGCUUUUGAAUGUACUAAAAAAGAAGUAAGAGAUCUCCUUAAAGUGUAUGGAGAAGUAAAAUCUGUUCGUUUACCAAAGAAGAUGAAUGGUUAACAUAGAGGUUUUGCUUUCGCAGAAUUUUCAAGUGCAGAAGAAGCAAAGAAUGCAUUUACAGCUUUGGAAAAUACUCACUUGUAUGGUAGAAAGCUUGCCAUAGAAUGGGCCAAAACAGAAUGA